AUGGCUGCCAAGUAUCAGAUCGUAUUAAUUCGCCACGGCGAGAGCCAAUGGAACGUAGACAACCGCUUCACCGGCUGGCACGACGUUCCCUUGUCGAAGAAAGGAGAACAAGAAUCGCAUGACGCGGGUAAGGUGCUCAAGGCAGCGGGUUUUACCUUCGAUAUUGCCUACACUUCGGUUCUCAAGCGUGCGAUAAAGACGUUGUGGAAUAUUCUGGAGGAGACUGACUUAAUGUGGAUUCCUGUCUUUCGGUCGUGGCGUCUCAAUGAGCGUCAUUAUGGAUCUCUUACAGGUCUUAACAAGCAGGAGACGGUGAACCAGCAUGGCCUUGAAAAGGUGAUGAUCUGGCGUCGUAGUUACGCCACGCCGCCCCCUCCUCUUGACGCCGAAAGCGAGUACUAUCCGGGUAACGACCCAAAGUACUCGGACGUAUCUAAAGAGCUGCUUCCCUUCACGGAGUCGCUAGCUACGACUGGUGAGCGUGUGCUGCCGUACUGGGAACAAACCAUCAUUCCGUCUAUAAAGGAAGGAAAAAAGAUUGUGAUUGCCGCUCACGGUAACUCACUUCGUGCUCUUGUCAAGCACUUGGAUCACAUACCGGAGGACACAAUUACAGGUCUUAACAUUCCGACGGGUGUGCCUCUUGUCUAUGAUCUGGACGAAAACUUUAAGCCCGUGCCACAUAAAGACGCGAUCGCUCCUUUGUCGGGCUAUUAUGUCGGUGACCAGGAGCAGAUUUUGGCGCGUAUUGCUGUUUUUGCGUACAACUCGGAUAUACGCUGUCCAAGAAAAGGCAAAAUUAAUCUUAGCGCCAACAACCGGCUGCUCACUACUUUUUGA